AUGUUGGCGCAGGACGCCUCGGCCUCUUCCUCUUCCUCUUUCUCGAUCGCCUUGCAACUAGCGCCAUAUCAGUCCGCCGUCUUUCAGAAGGCCACGACCAGAAUGCAGGUCCUCUCCACUCCACCAGAUCUCGCUCCCUCGCCUGUCGGUAAGAAGCUUAACUUGCCCGCAACUGCUGCAGCUUCCUGCCCGAAACCAUCACGCAGGCAGAGCUCCUCCAGCCCCUCGCCACCAUCCACCGAGUCUGGCUCCAGUGCUGAUCCCGCAUCAGCAACCAACACUCCUAUCACUUUGGCCUCCGAUUCGAGUGCUAGCAGCAUCUCCAGCCGUACCGCUGCCUUCCACCGCCAAGCAACUGUCUGUCCCGCAUUUUCGCUUCAAACACAGCCACCUGUCCGCAUCAGACCAACCCUUGCCAACAAGCGAGUUCUUUCCGAAGGCGAGGUCAUCCUCCCCCGACCUGCCAAGAGGAGUCGCAUGCCAUACAACCCCAUUCUUCGCAAGCGAUCCUGCAACGCUCUCCAGUCCCCCUCCUCUUUCGUGCCCAGUGUGCCCGCAAUCGCUUCCUGGCGUGCGGCUUGCGAACAACGUCGCCGACGUCAGGUCGCAAAGUCCAAGUCCAAGCGUCAACCUGUCAGUCUCAAGCGUGCAACAGCCUCGGCUCUCCGAAACGCAUCUUGCUCGGCUUCGUCCAAGUCGGCUCGCUCCACCGAUACCGAGUCUGACCGCAUCAUCAGGUCUUAUGCGCUUCCAGAGCUGCGAUUGCUCUCUGCCACUCGCACCGCUCCCAUUGGCUGGUCCAAUUUCGCUGGAGCCAAAGCCUUUGCGCCGCGCAUGAUCGAGGUGUACGAUGAACGCGCUGCCAAACGUGCCCCUGAACGAGAGCGUUUCUGGCCCAUCGUUGACCGCCAGCUCGACUACACGGGCGCACGCAUGCUGUCGCACUCCAACUCGUCCCAUCGCUCCCUAAUAUUCUCCAACUCCUGCACACAUUCAGGCGCCAACAAGCCCUCGUUUGAUCCACCCGUCUCUCCUAAAUCGGGCUUGCCAGUAUGCACACAAGCUGUGGCCUCUUCCGAUGAGGACCGUUCGCCCUUGACACCACAUGAACCCGCACAACGUCUUGCGCCAGAGUUGCCACGUUGUCGCGCUUCUCAAUACGCGCUCGAUGCUGUAGAAAACGAGUCACGCCGCAAGUCAACGAUGCCGCUCUCGCCAGCCGUUACCCUGUCUGCCGUUAUUGACUUUACUCGUGCCCUAGCCAGUCAGAAGGAGCAGCAGCAGCGCGACGCGGCUCAGCUGGCACGCAACGCUUACGGCCAACCAGUCUACUCGCCACCGAGUUCCCCCCAGGCAACCUCCGUCGCUGUUACUGUCAAAGGCAGCGAACCGGACCUGGCAGCCCACACGCCCCUCCGAAUCGCUCCUAUCGCCCUCGCCCCCACCGGUACUGCUUCCGACUCUCAUCGCGGCAGUGACUAUUUCGGUCACUGGGAGACCUACCUCUGCAACGUUGGCAAAGAGUCCACCUUUUGA